UGCGCCGUCCGCACCGUUUACUGUAUAAUCACAGUGUGGGGAAAAAGAGCAGGCAACAAAACUAAACCUUUUUUUACGGCAAAGUGACGGCUACCAUGUAAAUAACCGCCAGGGAAACAAAGGGGGUAUAUCAACAGGGACCUUUUUAGGUGUGAUGAGACAAAGGAACAAAGGAUGCCUUAGAAGCGAGGCAACAGCUACGAUCGAGCUGCUGGGACCUGCUUCAAAGCAUACAGCAGAUGGAUCUAUCGCUCCCCUCUCCAUCCAGAUCAUGAUACUUGGCUAAAGUUUUAAGAUUUCUCUAUGAUCCCUUCUCCAUCUAUGGCGAACUAUAGCCAUGCAGGGGACCACAACAACAUCUUGCAGAAUGUCUCUCCGCUCGCCACGUUCCUUAAAUUGACCUCCCUGGGCUUCAUCAUCGGCGUCGGCGUGGUCGGAAACCUCCUGAUCUCCAUACUGCUGGUCAAAGACAAGAGCCUCCAUCGAGCGCCCUACUACUUCCUGCUGGACCUCUGUGCUUCGGACAUCCUCCGCUCGGCCAUCUGCUUCCCGUUUGUGUUCACAUCUGUCAAAAAUGGCUCGGCCUGGACGUACGGGACGCUGACUUGUAAAGUGAUCGCCUUCCUGGGCGUGCUCUCCUGUUUCCACACUGCCUUCAUGCUCUUCUGUGUUAGCGUCACACGAUACCUGGCAAUAGCCCACCAUCGCUUUUACACCAAGCGGCUGACGUUCUGGACCUGCCUGGCAGUCAUAUGCAUGGUAUGGACGUUGUCGGUUGCCAUGGCCUUUCCGCCUGUGCUGGACGUGGGUACCUACUCCUUCAUCCGCGAGGAGGACCAGUGCACGUUCCAGCACCGCUCCUUCCGAGCCAAUGACUCGUUGGGCUUCAUGUUGCUCCUUGCACUCAUCCUACUGGCCACCCAGCUCGUCUACCUCAAGCUCAUAUUUUUCGUUCAUGACCGCCGCAAAAUGAAGCCUGUCCAGUUCGUGCCCGCCGUCAGCCAGAACUGGACCUUCCACGGCCCGGGGGCAAGCGGCCAGGCGGCGGCGAACUGGCUGGCUGGGUUCGGUCGAGGCCCAACACCUCCUACCCUGCUGGGAAUCCGGCAGAACAGCAAUGCGGCGGGCCGCAGGCGUCUGCUGGUGCUGGACGAGUUUAAGACUGAAAAGAGGAUAAGCAGGAUGUUCUACAUCAUUACAUUCUUCUUCCUGAGCCUGUGGGGACCCUACCUGGUCGCCUGUUACUGGAGGGUCUUCGCCAGGGGCCCGGUGAUACCGGGAGGCUACCUGACGGCUGCCGUGUGGAUGAGCUUCGCUCAGGCGGGAGUCAACCCCUUCAUCUGCAUCUUCUCCAACAGGGAGCUCAGAAGAUGCUUCAGCACCACACUCCUUUACUGCAGAAAAUCCAGGUUACCUAGGGAACCCUACUGUGUUAUAUGAAGGCUCUGUAGGUUUUUUGAUGUGGUUUUUAUUUGGAUGCCCUGGUCAAUCGGGGAUGUGUUCUGUUGUACAGCUCUCUCUCUUUCUCUCUCUCCUUCACCUCCUCUUCCUCAUCUUCUACCUUUUUGAGGCCUGUAGUUGAAUCGUCAGCUUAAACCGUGGAGCUUGAAUGGAAUAAAAUGAUACACGGACAGAGGACACCUGUGUUUAUGUUCUAGUAAACAACCAAUGCGAAAGGCCAUUUGAAACCCAAUAAGCAAAAAUAAAUAAACAGAUAAAAAUCUAGAAAAAUGAAAAAAUGAAAGAAAAGAAAAAAUGGAUACAUCAAGAAGGAACUGACAUUUGCUUUGGAUAUUUCAAAGACUCAAGGGUGUAAAGAAUACAAAUAAACACUUACCUUACCUAAAGGAAUCACUGGAAUUGUUUGGUGUGUUUAAAGUUGCACUAAAGAGAAGACAUGAAGAUGCUUUUUUUUGCUGAGUUGCAUUGCAAGGAUGUCUUGUGUUUUCUCUAACUGAAAUACGAAUGCUUUAAAUUGCAACAGACUUCUCUUUCACUGUAAGUAAACAAAACAUGUGGGGUGACUUUACUCUGUUGGAAUACACCUUCACGGGAGGAUAAAUUGGUUUAAAUGUAAGUGAUAUCUUUUUUUCCUUCUAUGGUGGGGUUGGGUGGGGCUCGGGUGGGGCGGGUCUAAAGGGGCGGUACUGUCGUGCGGGUUCCGGAAUUGCAACUUAAAUUAUUUCCUGUAGUUUUUUGAUCCAUAUGGUAUGUCUCUGUUGUCUGGCAAUGUUAUUUUCUUAUCUCAUUUUUCUAAGUCUUAUAUGAAAUGUUUGAAUUUUAAAACUUGCUCUUGAGAACCGUGUACUUAAAUUGACAGUGGAGAACCAGUUAAGCUAACUUCAGUUUGUCAUAUCCACGUACCCAAACGCUCACAUUUUGUUACAGUAUUGCUGAUACCACUCCAGCUGUUCUUGCCUUAAUGGUUCUGAUGUUGUUUGUUCAUUGUUAUUCAUUUGCAAGGCGAGGGUUUCUUAAUCUACUCCUCUAAAAUGUCCCAUGUAGUCAAAUAGGAAGGGUUUUCACAUCAGGGUCAAGUGCAUGUCCAUCUUAAAAAGAAUAUCCACGAUCACAUUAUCACUGAUCAUGCAACGAAAGCCCAUUUCUUAUCCUGUAAUGUUUGCUACAUGCCACUGAGUGCGCAGAGCACAGGGAGCAUGUGUGUGUGGAUGUAUGUGUGAGUGCUUGUGUGCGUGCGUGUUUAGGCGAACAGCUGUCAUGUCAAGACCAGAGCCUUAGUCUGAAAUCUUGCACAAUUUGUAAAAAAUGUCCUAGGAAAAACAAAAAACAUUGUAUUUGAGGCACAGAGUCUUGUUUCUACUUUCCCUACAUUUGCUCUCUACUAAUUGUUUUGAACUCCUUACUUUUUUCUCUUGUGGCCAUUUUAAUAUUUAUUCUGUAUUCUUUUUGUAUAUUCUGGGUAGAUAGUGUGUAAGUUUGUGAGUCUUUCAUUUUGAAGUCCCGAAUGUGAGUACUGUUAAGUUAGGACUGCAAUUGCUGAAAGUUAACUGUGUAAUCUGCUUACAUUUUUGAAAAUAAAAUUUUACAUUUUGCAAUGCCUGUUCUUUCUCGUCACUCCAAAACGUGGACCUAUGUCCCUUUUGCGGCUGGUUUCGCUGCCCCAAAGCAAAAUGAAAGCUCAG